CCGCAGAGAGGUGUGCCGUGGUCCGGUCGUGGACCGCAGUCCGCUAAUUGAGGACCCCGGCUCUAUAUUAUAUAUUGCAGUACUGUACUACCACUACUACCAACUAGGCCUAGUAUUUUUUGUUUUCCUACAAAUAACUGCAAACUACGUGUUCUGUGAGAUAAGCCAAGAGUUGGCGACCGUAGCCUCAUCAUUACGGUAAUGAGCGUCACGUAACGGAAGUGCUAUUGUUGUAGCAUUUGGCAAGAUCAAGGCUACCUACUCCUAGCUGCUUUUGCGUUCCAUUUUUUUCCUCGCCGACGAUACUUUUCCACCGGCAUCGGGCUGACUAAUGUCAACAAACAUGCCGACGGACAAUUUGAAUCUUGAGUCGCAGCUUUUGUCCAUCAUGGACGUGCUGGUGAAAGCGGCGGUGCUGGAAAUAAACCAGCUAUUCUCAGAGAGCUCGGCGUCCCUGCGGCUCCACCUCAGCCAGAGCCUGAGGGACAACGAGAACCUGAGGAUGAGGAUGAAAACGAUGAGGAGCGAGAUCUUCUCCCUCCGCCUGCAGACCAGGAGCAAUCGGCCAGCCAGUCGCUUCUCCGCCUUCAGAGCAAAUGUGAACAAAACCCGAAGCAAAACACCAGUUGUCUUAAAGCCUCCAGCAACCCAAGAAACUGCUUCAGCUCCUGUGCACGUGGCAGCUGAGGCAUCCCCUCCUCAUUCUAAAGAGCGUGCCGUUGAAGACAUCCCUGAUAUCAUCUUGAUCAAAGAUGAAGAAGAUACUGGACUAGAAAGCGAACCAACUGAAAGUCAUGAUGCCUUCAUAAAUCCCUCUGCACAGAGAGAGAGUGUAGCUGCUGUGGCACCAAAUUCAGAACCAGCUGGAUGUUCUUCUCAGAUAGCAAGUAACGAGGAGCUGAAAAUCGUUAGCGUUCACGGGCGAGCGCAUGGGCCUCUCCAGGAUGAGAUUGAAACUCUCUUUGCUGCGGCUGACCAGCAGGGUAUUAACUCACAGGAAGUUUUCCAUGAUGGUUUCUUGAACAUCCUCCCUGGUGGCAGUGACAGAGCCGCGCUGAGAAACAACCAGCUGGACGGAAUUCACUCCUCUCAAACGAACUCAUUAAGAACAGUGGACAGUAACGGAAGACAUCCCGGUCACAUGGUCCAGUACCCCCAGCAGAUAAACCCUGUCUUGCCAUCUCACACUGUCAACAAAUCCAUGGAUUGCAAUUUCUGUGGUGUGUACUUCCCCAACCGCGAGGAGCUGAUGGCGCACCGGGCAACACACACGGCGGAGCCGCUAAUUUCCUGCUCAAUGUGCGGAAAAUCAUUUGCCAGCAGGACCACGCUAGGCAUCCACAUGCGCAUACACACGGGAGAGAAGCCUUACGCGUGCUCACUUUGCGGGAAGCGCUUCACACAGAACGGUAGUCUAAAAAUCCACUUGAGGACUCACUCGGGGGAAAAACCGUACUCAUGCUCCCAGUGCAAGGCCAGUUUUAACAACCCGAGCAAUCUCCGCAGGCAUAUGAUCACACACAAUGCUAACGGACCACUCUGACUGUGAGAAACAUCAUAUACAGUGCAAUGACACAAAGUAAUUGCCUGGUUCCCACAAAUACAACACAAGUAAAUAUAAAAUGCAGUUUUGAAUGAAGAUUUUAUUGAUAAUUAGCACUCCUGGCAGCAAAGACAAAUUAGCGAUAACUGGUUAGGAGUUUUUGUUCAUUGCUGUGGAAGUAUUUUGGCUUACUGAUCUUCUGAAAAAUACUAUAACAUAAGCUUUUUAUCAUCUGCCUUACCAUCUGACCUGGAUUGAAAUGCAAACUUUGACUUAGCCAUAUUUAACUUUCGUUUUGUUUGUAGCCAUUCAGAGAUAGACUUCCAGGUAAUACAAGUGUAAGAAAUUUGCAAAAAUAAUAAAUCAGGAAGGGCAAAUGCUUUUUCAUGUCACUGUUGUGUUUUCUUUGCAGUUUUUAAUGCACCUGAACAAACAAGAAGCAUUUUGUCACUUUCCUUUUUUUGUCCACAAAAAGUGAAAGUAAAACAACAUGAAUGACUCAUAUGCUACUUACUGUAAGUGGAUUGGCUAUUGUGAUAUAUGACUAUUAUAAAAUCAGGACGGGGCAAUUCAUGUCACUAUUGUAUGCUUUCUUUGCAUGUUUUGUGAAAAUGUCUAGUAGUUUCAAUGUGGUUUGGAAACAAAACAAAUAUGGCGUGAUACGAAUACCAGCAAUUGCAACUGUGUAUACAGUCAUACACCCCGAUGACCAAAAUCAAUCCAAAUGAUAUUGCUUUUUAUUGCAUUAAUUCUAUUUCCCUUUCCCCAGCCACCAUCAGCGACAAGUGAAGACAAUGGACAUCAUUGUACUUAUAGUAGAGGUAUUUGCUAGAUUAGAUGAGAUAUAUAUCACCACUUAAACUUAACAUUAGGUUUUAAUUAAUUUCUUUUCAUUGCGUGAUCACAAAAUUGCAGAUUUGAAUUAAACAUUUCUUCCAGUUUUCAGAUCUUUAAAAUGUUGAGUCAAUUUUUGCAGUUUUAAAAGAGUAAAUUUUGUCUGAUUUAUUUUAAACCAGAAAAUUUGACCUAUUGUGACACAUGUCUCAGCGGUAAUUUUUCUUUCAAAGGGUAUUAAAAUGGUUGAAUCUACCUCCAUUGUUGUUAAAAUAGUGUGAGCUUUUUGUACUUUUGUACUGUACUUUCUACUAGAUACUACUGGAGAACCUUUAGUGUGUGUGCGCGUAUUUUUGUGUGUUCUU